CAGGCUCCGGUGGUGCGAACUGCGAAGCGAACAACUACAACCAUUCCUGCGCCAUCACUGCCCACGGAGAUUAUCAAGUUCAAUUCACCUACAACAUCUCUCGCAUUCUCCCCGCUGUUGCGGUCGGAGAUAAUUGGCCAUUCCUCUUCAACGCCGUCAAGUCCCAGGUCACCGUCACCGACAACGGCUCCUUCAACGAAAACCUCAUCGCCAGCAUCGAUACCGCCCGCGAGCUCCCUGCUGAUAGCGCGGCGUAAAUCACCUUCAUGCCGCUCAUGCGCUGCGUCUCGGGCUCUAUGAACAGCUGCACUGGCAGCCUUAACAACGGCACCGGAGACGAGAUGUGCACGCCUGUUUCUCACAACCUUACUUUGGACGACAAAGAGAUCCCGUUCUUCGAUGGGGUGUACGCGCUUGUGAACAUCAGCAAGGAGGACGUCGGGAAGUUCAAGGACCCGUUCGCGACGGAGAUUACUAACGACAAGGGCGACGAGGCGUUCGUCCGGGUGGAUCAGUGGAUGUUGGUUGCGCUGUGCUCGAUGGCUACCGUUGCGGUGAUGAUGUUGUGAGCGCAGAUGCUCUGGAUCCUUCCCAAGGACUCAUGAGGGAUGGAUUGAUUAUGCUGAUUUGUGUUGAACGUUGCUGGAGACCUCUGGCGUCUUGGGGGAGACUUCAAGGCCGUGACUUUGUGUACCCAAACAGAGUCUAAUUUUGCACCUUUACUGUGUUGUGAGUGCGAUGAGUACGAGG